GUUUACGAUCACAGAAGAAAGAGGAGGCAAUGUUAUCAUAAAGUGAUCAAGAAAUUGUCAAAUGAACUACGAACAACAAUCUUAGCGCUCAGCAAAUACAACAGCAACGAUGCUGAAAUACUGCGGUUUGAAUCAUAUAGUGGUGAUUUAGCAAAAAUAAGCAAUGGUCGACCGCUUAGUGAAUAGUGAAGUAAAUACUCGCCGUAUUUUAAAUGUUGAGGCUUGUUUCGGAAGUACUGGUCAGCAGUUAGCAGCAUAUGGACGAGUUUUGGUCGGUGAAGGAGUAUUGGUGAAAAUGUGUAGGAAGAAGCCCAAGCCGCGUCAGUUUUUCCUUUUCAAUGAUAUUUUGGUUUAUGGCAAUAUUUUAAUCUCAAAAAAACGUUACAACAAACAACAUGUAAUUCCACUGGAAGAAGUGCAGCUGCAAGAUCUUGAAGAUGAGGGCGAUAUGAAGAAUGGUUGGCUUAUUAAAACGAAAUUGAAGUCCUUCGCUGUUUUUGCAGCAACAAGUACAGAGAAAAAGGAAUGGAUUUUACACAUUGAACGUUGCGUACAUGAUAUUCUUACUAGAGGUGGAAAAAAACCCGCGACUGAACAUGCUGCAGUUUGGGUUCCUGAUGGUGAAGCAACUAAAUGCAUGGCUUGUCAAAGGACGCAGUUCACCGUGAUACAGCGUAGGCACCACUGUCGGGCUUGUGGUAAUGUCGUAUGCGGUAUGUGCUCUUCACACAGUUAUCGUAUUCCUGUGAGCAAAAGACCUGUUCGCGUUUGUGACACCUGUUUCGCAAAAUUUGUCUCGAAGGAUUCUGGGCAUUCAAAUGCGAUUUCUUCUGGACGAAGCGUGUUAAAUGAUGGAUCAAGUGAUUCUGAGGAUGAGGAUAAAAAUGUUACUUACGACCUGCAGCCCACAUUUUAUAGCAGAAUUGGAUAUGGUGAAGAGAAAAAAAAUGGACAUCCUUCGUGAAAUAGUCAUUCUUAAAAUCCGAGACUGUAAUCCUUUGUUAUAUGAGUAUAUACAAUAACAUGGAAAACGUUAUCGAUGAUUGCGUAUAAUUUUCAUGUCGUGUUUUCUGAUGAUGCCUUAAUGAAAUAUUUUUGGUAAAGUUUCAGAAAUGUUCCAUUUUGUUCAUAAAAUUUUUGAUCUAGAUGUUACUAUCGACUUGUACCAUAGUUUACUUCCUCUUAUGAUUUUUGUUCAACUGUCUGUUUGCGCAUUUCGGUAACAUUACUUACAGUAGCAUCACUUUUGUAUAUUUUAGUGACUCUCUGUUGUAAUGUGACCAUCACUCUGAGUGGAUGAAAAAAGCCCUUCCAAUGUUAGGAGUGUAUCACAGAUCUCGGAAUGAAGUGACAAAGUACUUCCAUAUUAUAUCAUUUUUUAUCGAACUUUUUAUUUACUCGAAAACUGGUUACAGUUGGGUUAUUAGAAUGAAGGGAUAUUUCAGUUUUAUAGUUCUGUUUCUAGUAAGAUUUUAAGUUCCUUUUAUUAUGUAUUUCGGUGUCUUAUCCCUUCAUUUCUUUUCCAUUUCUCACCUAUCUCUUUCCAUUUCAAUUCCGAAUCAUUCCCAAUGUCUUUGGGUAAUCAAGGUGUAACUCCUAUCUUUUUGACCCUUCAAAUAUUUUUGAUUGCAGGGCGGUGUUGAUGCCUAUGUGCUAACUUUGUAGGCAUUUUGUUAAUUGUCAUCUGAACGGGAAAGCAAAAGAAGGUGGAAUCUUCUCCCAAGCCCUCAGGGCUUGUGGUGAGCAGGAGAAAGCGUUAGUGAGUACAUGAAAGUAAUCUUUGAUUUUUUUUUUUGUCGAUGCUUUGCAUUUGUGAUUCUAUUUUAGGCAGG